CCAAACACCUUUUUGGCUGUUGAAUCCUCUCCAAUAAUGUUCUUGGAGACAAGAUCCUCCCCAUAUUACGAAGCACUCAAUAUAAAAUGUAGACAAACUCCGCAGUAAAUUUAAUGUGCAUCAUCACUGUGAUCCAGAGGCACUCUUUAUGACGUCUCCUUAUCAGUUCAAUGCAGGUCUACACCGAGAUCCAAAAGGUGCAUUGUAAGCUUAUUACAGGAAGAGCAAGAUCAAAACUAGCUUCGAUAUGGCAAAGCCAUUUGCUAAACAGUCUCUUUUGAGAUACACGAUUGUGGCCAUUUGUGCAGGAAUCGUGGUCCUUGUACUAUUUACCAACGUUCUUUGGGCUUCUUCCUAUGCAAAUCCUCUUUCCAAGCGCUCCGUUCACGAAUCUGAACGCAAAGUUCUAACGAUAAACAAGGAAACCGUAAUUUCCUUUUGUGGCCCUAAAUCCAACCUUCGGUGGAUAGAUCAGGCCCUAAUUAUCAGAAAGGCAAGGCAGCUGGAAAAUGUCAAGGAAGAGAGAGAUACUCAGAAAGAGAAAGCUAAGAAUUUUCCAAAUGAAGACAAUGCCCUUGAGCUGGAGUGGGAGGAGAUGGCAGAAGCCCCUGUACCACGCCUUGAUGGAGCAGGAAUACAAAUUGGGAAUCUUUUCUAUGUUUUUGCUGGAUAUGGUACAAUUGACCUUGUUCAUUCACAUGUAGAUGUGUAUAAUUUUACUGACAACACAUGGGGAGGAAGAUUUGACAUGCCAAAGGAUAUGGCACAUUCACACUUAGGGAUGGUUACAGAUGGACGUUAUAUAUAUAUUGUAACAGGGCAGUAUGGGCCACAAUGUAGAGGGCCGACAGCCUUGAACUUUGUAUUGGAUACAAAGACAAAAAAGUGGUCUUCUCUACCUGCACUUCCUGUUCCCAGAUAUGCUCCAGCAACACAGCUUUGGAGAGGUAGAUUGCAUGUCAUGGGUGGAAGUAAGGAGGAUCGCCAUGAACCUGCAUUAGAGCAUUGGAGUAUAGCAGUCAAGGAUGGAAAAGCUGUGGAGUCGGAGUGGAAAUCUGAGAUUCAAAUUCCUCGAGGUGGACCUCACAGGGCAUGUAUUGUUGUAGAUGAUCGGCUGUUAGUUAUUGGUGGUCAAGAAGGAGAUUUUAUGGCCAAACCUGGCUCACCUAUUUUUAAAUGCUCUAGGAGGUCUGAGGUGGUCUACAGCGAUGUGUACAUGCUGGACGGAGAGGGAAUAUGGAAGCAGUUGCCUUCAAUGCCCAAACCAGAUUCACAUAUAGAGUUUGCAUGGGUGGUUGUAAACAAUUCUAUUGUUAUUGUUGGAGGCACAACUGAAAAACAUCCAGUGACCAAACGCAUGGUGUUGAUUGGUGACAUAUUUCAGUUUGAUUUAAAUGUCUUGGAAUGGAGGAUAAUUGGGAAGACACCCUACCGCCUCAAAACUACAUUAGUGGGUUUAUGGGAAGGUUGGCUUUAUUUCACCUCAGGUCAACGAGAUAAAGGAGUCCAUGACUCUUCACCCAAAAAAGUAUUGGGCAAAACUUGGAGAACAAAAUUACACCUGCCAGUGCAGUAAUGGUUUUGUAAUAAUGAUUCCAUAUAGUUUUCUUAUUCUUUCAUUCAAUUUAUUUUAUUGGAGGUUUGGCAUUCCACUCAGGUCAAUAGGAUAAAGGUGUCCAUGAUCCUUCAACCGAAAAUGUAGUAGGCAAAACUUGGAGAACAAAUUACACCUGCCAGUUCAGUAAAUGAAUUUUAACAAUGUUUGCUUAUAGUUUUCUUAUUCUUCCCAUGUAAUCACAAAUAACUAAUUGCUAUUCUUCAUUCGAUCUAGUUAAAAUUCUGAAAACA